GGCCCCGCCCCGCCCCGCCCCCCGGGGUCCAGGCCGCGGUCCCCUCGGAGGCCACGGCAGCGCCUGCGCACUGCCGUCCCAGAGUCACCAGUGGGUCCCAUCUCGCCUCCGAAGAUGGCGGACCGCGCUGUCGCCGGCCCCAGCGGCAGCACAUCUUUGCGGGGACUGCGAGAACGUAUGGUUGCUGCCGCUCAAGCAGUUGCAAAAGAAAGGCGAGAUCAAAGUGGAGUUAGCUCUUUUUCAAGUCAGUCUCCAACUAUAAGAUCAGCAUUUAAACCAGUAAUAGACGGGUCUGUUCUUAAAAAUGACUUAAAACAAAAAUUAGCAAAGGAGCGCAGAGAAGAAAGAAAAAGACAACAAGAAGCCAGUAAAGAAAUACAACUACUUGAAAAAGAAAGAAAGGCCAAGCUCCAGUACGAAAAACAGCUGGAAGAAAAGCAACGAAAACUAAGAGAACAAAAAGAAAAAGAUGAGCGGCGGAGAAUAUCUGCAGAAGAAAAAAGAAAACAAAAAUUCGAGGAAGAAAGGGAAAAAUAUAGAGCUGUUCUUUCUCGUACUUUGGAACGGAGUAAUCGUGUUGAACAACGGCAAAAGAGAUGGUCAUGGGAAGGCUCCGCCAUGGCAAAUUCUGAAAACAGACCUGGAAAAACAGAAAAUAAGAGAAGCUCAUCUUUGACUAGAAGAGAAAACAAAGUACAUUCAUCUACUGACAUAGAACACAUGGAGGACAAGCCAGCUCGUCGAUUUUAUAACAAUCCCUCAGAGAAUAAUCUAAUCAGUCGCCUGCUUAUCCCAACAAGAGCAUCUGUAGCCAGAAGCAAGAAUGCUGCUUCAUUACCCAUCCAAGGAAAAGAUACUCCAGGUGUCACCAAUCACUUCCUCCAAUAUGUCCAUGUGCCCUUGCGUAGCCAUAGUAGUGACGAAUUGAAGACUUCCAUCAUGUUCUGUAAGUCAACAGUGAAGACACCUCUUCAGACAAAAUUAGAAAUGGCUCCCCUGGAGAAAAUAGAAACACCCUUCAAGGUAAAUGUGGAAGCCACUCCCAAGGUGAGAAUGGAAGCACCCUGCGAGGUGAGAAUGGAUGACUUGGACAUGGAAGCCUCCCCUGUGGUGAGCUUGGAAUUGUCCCCUGUAGCGAGCACAGAAACAUCCCCCUUGGUGAGUGUGGAAGUGUCUCCUGUGGUGAGCAUGGAUGCCUCCUCUGAGGUGAGCCUAGACACAUCCCCUGAGGGGAGUAUGGACUCAUCCCCUGAGGUGAACAUGGAAGCUCCCUCUAAGGCAAACACGGAAGCAUCCUACAAGGAGAGUGUGGAAACUCUUCCUGAGACAAAUGUGGAGGUGCCCCUGGAGGCAAGUGUGGAAGUGCCCCUUGAAGGAAAACUGGAAGCGUCACCCAAGGAAAGCCCGGAAUCACUCCCUAAGAUGGUGGUGGAAGUGUCCCACAAGGCGUCCCCCAAGAAACCAGAAAUGGACAGACAGAUCUCAAGCCCUGUUACCAAGAAGCACCCAUCCUCGAAUAUACUAUCUGAUACGCAGUCACCAUCUCCUGCCAGUGGGUCUCAUCCACCCUCUCCUGUAAAUACUAUCAGGCAUAUUCAAAAGAACCGCCCACCAUCACCUUCACCAGUCUUGUCAAAACAAUUAGUACAUGCUCCUCUGCCCUGUAAAGUCUUACCUGUUCAACGUACCCUAUUUGUGCCAGAUGGUAUUGUCAAAAAGAAAAGAGAAACAGUUUCUAAAGCCCCAAACAAAUGUGAGCCUGUGAACCAAAAGCAUAUGAUCUCUGAGGAGUCUGGUAAUAAAAUCGCACCAGGAACCAUGAGUGCUGAGGAAGCAACAAAACUUUUGGCGGAGAGACGCCGUCUUGCUCGUGAACAAAAAGACAAAAAGGAAGAAGAGAGACUCCAGAAAGAAAUGGAACCAAGGAAAGUGGCAGAUGUGACAGAGAAGCUGGACAAAGGGGAGAAGCUGGACAAAGGCCAAGUGGACGAGCUCUCAAAAUGUGAAGAUGGGCAAGAACAAGAAAAAGAGAUUCAAAAGAACAAAGGAUGUCAGCAUCAAGAUCAGGAAGUACUACUACAGAAAGGGGAUGCCAAAAUAAAAGCUCAGGAAGAAGCUGAUAAACGCAAGAAGGAGCAAGAGAGAAUUAUGUUACAAAAUUUACAAGAAAGAUUAGAGAGAAAAAAGAGAAUUGAGGAAAUAAUGAAGCGGACAAGAAAGACAGAUAUGACUGCUACAAAGGCCACAGAACUAUCUGGCCAUAACACAUCUGAAGAGGAUGAGGCUGAUGAUGAGGAAGAGACAGAAAGUGAUGAGGACUCCCUUGAUAAAAUAUUCCCAUCAGCCAUUGGAAAUGGCAGACAGUCACCUACCAAGCACAAAAUGCCUUCUAAGAAUGCCUUGAAAAUGCCACAGAAACUGGUGUUUUUACAAGCCUCAACUGGUGAGAUCGAUAAGGAAAAGAAAUCAUAUUUUAAUGGUGAUAUGAAACCUUUCAGGCAAAAAGGCCUAAAAGAGUCUUCAACUCAAGCAAAAGGCUCAAAGUCAUCUACCAAAAGAACAUCCACUCGCACAGCAAAACCUGGAAGAGCAAAGGAACUCAGCACCACCACCCAAUCCACCCCAAAUAUCAACACACAUCAGGAGUGGAUUCAUGGCAAAAUUGACAUUAGUAGUCACAACACCGAAUCACCUGCCACAAAUGUCACUCCUGAUAACGACAGACAGAAUUUGAAGGAUUCUGUAACAUCCCAACCAAGUCCUCAGACGCCUGCAGAUCCUAAGAAAAACAGCAAAUCUCUGGCUGCUCAUUCUGAUACAUAAACCUUGUGCAGCCUGGAAGAUUGAUCUGUCCUCCACUCUGGAUAAAACUCCCAGGCCCGUGCCUCAGAAUUCACCUCCUUCAUACUUGAAACUGGCAAAGGAAAUGACCAUUAGCAAAAAAAAAAAAAGGAAGGAUAUGUCUGAAGGUCACCUCGACAUCUGUCUUGGAAGGUGUUCAUAUCAUUUUUUUCUCUUGUGAGAGUUCUGAGUUAAAAAGAAAUGCUUUUGUUUCCCUUAAAAAUCACCAUUGUCUCUUGUCUGUACCUACAUGUGUGCUGGAGUGUGUAUACAUCCAGGGUGCUUUCAUGAGCUGAAAACUAUUGAGUUUCUAAAAGAACCCUAUUAAAGGAAUGUUGCUCUUUCAGUGUC